UUGGAAUUUUGUGAAUCUGACAUUCUUUCCUGGGUGAAACUGAAAAAUUUUUGAUCCAGGUACCAUCUAUGCCUGACAAACAAAAUUUGAAACUUUAUGCAUUUGCAGAAAAAAAUAUGAAAGGUCUAGCAUAGAUAGUCAGAUAGUUAGUCGGGGUUUGAAUUUAUGUGCUGAAAAUGACGCUCAUGUCACUAAUGUCUACAUUUCAGAAAGAAUGGAAGAAAUUAUGGAUGAAGAAAUCUCUACUGUAGAGGAUUCAUGUACCAUUAGUGUAGUGGAAGAAGAUGUAAAGGAGAAAAGUACAGAAAAUCAAGGCAAAGUUGUCAAGAUUGAAGUAGAUCCCCUUUUCUCUGAACAAAAAAGACUUAAAAAGAGUAAACUGAGAGAUAAAAGAGAUAAAAGUUAUCCCUGUGGAGAAUGUGAUUAUGUGGCAUCUAAAUCCAGUAAUUUGAAGACACGUAUUCGAAAUAAACAUGGAGUGAGAUAUCCAUGCAAGCUAUGUGAUCACGCUGCCACUACAGCAAGUAAUCUGAAGAUGCACAUUAAAUUUAAACAUGAAGGAGUGAGAUAUCUCUGCGAUCAAUGUGAGUACUCUGUCACUACACCCAGAGAUCUGAAGAGCCAUAUUGAAUCUAAACAUGAAGGAGUGAGAUAUCCUUGUUUAAAAUGCGUAUAUGCUGCAACUACAGCCAGAGAUCUGAGGAGGCAUAUUGAAUCUAAACAUGAAGGAGUGAGAUAUCCUUGUGAUCAAUGUGAGUAUGCUGCCAGUCGAGCAGUUUAUCUGAGUAUGCAUAUUAAGAAUAAGCAUCAAGGAGUGAGAUAUUCAUGCGACCAAUGUGAGUACGCUGCAACUACACCAAGGAGUCUGAAGUUACAUAUUGAAUCUAAACAUGAAGGAAUAAGAUAUCCUUGUUCUCAUUGUGAAUACGCUGCCACUACAGCAAGAAGUCUGAAGAUUCACAUUGAAUCUAAACAUGAAGGAGUGAGAUAUCCUUGUUUAGAAUGUGUGUAUGCUGCAACUACAUCACGUGAUCUGAAAAAACACAUUGAAAUAAAACAUGAAGGAGUGAGAUAUCCCUGCGAUCAGUGUGAAUAUGUUGCAACUGGUGUAUGGAAUUUAAAGUUACACAUUAAAUCUAAACAUGAAGAAGUCAGAUAUCCAUGUGAUCAGUGUGAGAACGCUUUUACUUCUGCAAAAGGUCUGAAAAAUCAUAUUAAAAAUAAACAUGAAGGAGUGGGAUACUAUUGUGAUCAGUGUGAAUACGUUGCCACUGACCCAAGUUGUCUGAGUAGGCAUACUAGAAAUAAACAUGAAGGAGUGAAAUAUCCUUGUAAUCAGUGUGAGAACGUCUUUACAUUAGCAAGAAGUCUGAAUAGGCAUAUUAAAAAUAAACAUGAAGGAUUGAAAUAUCCCUGUGAUCAGUGUGAAUACGUUGCUACUAACCCAAGUAGUCUGAAAAUACAUAUUAAAAAUAAACACGAAGGAUUGAAAUAUCCCUGUGAUCAGUGUGAAUACGUUGCUACUGACCCAAGUAGUCUGAGAAGACAUAUUAAAAAUAAACACGAAGGAUUGAAUUAUCCCUGUGAUCAGUGUGAAUACGUUGCUACUGAACCACGUUUUCUGAGAAGCCAUAUUAAAAUUAAACAUGAAGGAGUGAGGUAUCCAUGCGAAGAAUGUGAUCACACUGCCACUACAGCAAGUAGUUUGAAGAGUCAUAUUGAAUCUAAACAUGAAGGAGUUAGAUAUCCAUGCGACCAAUGUGUAUAUGCUGCCAAUACAGCAUGGAUUCUAAAAAAGCACAUUGAAUCUAAACACGAAGGAGUGAGGUAUCCAUGCGAUCUAUGCGAGUACGCUGCCACUACAGCAGGUUAUCUGAAGAGACAUACGGACUCUGUUCAUGAAGGAGUGAGAUAUCAUUGUGAUCAGUGUGAAUACGUUGCUACUGACUCAAGUUGUCUGAGAAGACAUAUUAGAAAUAAACACGAAGGAGUGAAAUAUCCAUGUAAUCAGUGUGAGAAUGCUUUUACAUCAGCAAGUAGUCUGAGAAGACAUAUUGAAAAUAAACAUGAAACAGUGAGGCAUCCAUGCGACCAUUGUGAUCACGCUGCCACUACAGCAAGUAAUUUGAAGAGACAUAUUGAAUCUAAACAUGAAGGAGUUAGAUAUCCAUGCGAUCAAUGUGAGUACGUUGACACCCAAUCCUGUCAUUUAAAAACACAUCAACAAAGGAAACAUAUUAAUUAAGAAGUACUUUGCACUGUAAACUGCAUAUUGUCUAUUCCCUCAUUUAUUUUGGUUUUUCCUUCCUUAGUUAAAUGUUGGGAAAUAAAAUUUGAAAUUUUUAAAAUGCAGUUUGGUAAUUUUUACCUCACAACCCAUGACUCGUGGGUUAUUUGUUUUCUCUUUUCUAAUUUCCAUUUGUUUUGAAACAAAAUAUUUCUAAAUUAAAUUAUUUUGGACUGUUGUUGCGUUCCAAUAUUCUACAACGGGGAACGUUCCCCAAUUUUAGGAGGAGACCCCUCCCCCUACUGGUUACAUCCUUAGGGGUAAAAAGUAGUAAGGAUAAAUCAAGGAACUAAAAGUGAGAAAUAAGGAAUAAAAAUUAUCUCUGUAACAUUUCUGACGAUUGAUGAAAGAUCUGAACAAAAUUUCAAGAUACUCAGGCAUUUAAGAAAUUUCUCAGAUACCCAGGUAUUUGGGAAAUUUACAAAAUAUUUCAAUUACACCACCAUCAGAUUCCAAGAUACCCAGUCAUUUGGGAAAUUCCCCAAAUUUCCCAAAUUCCUUUUGGAAUCUGAUGGUGGUGCAUUUAAAAUAUUUUAGAAAUUUCCCAAAUACCUUUGUUUUUGGGAAAUUCCUAUUUUUGACAUUUUUAUUAAUUGCUGUCACUCUCUUCUGAAAGUUUGGAACAAGGAUUAAAUAAAUAUCUUUUUAACCAAUGUGAUAAAUAUACAACUAAAACUCUCGUGUUGAAGAUUCACAUUCAGAUCCUCAUUCUUUCAGCACAUUUUUGGUCUUAAUUAUAAACAUACUUAUUUCUCUUUUUACCAAAGGAUGCUUUAACCUCAUCAACACUUUCUUGACGUUUACUUCUUUUUAUUAUAUCAGUGUAAAUAUUUGUUUGUAGUUCUAUUUUUUAUUCAUUUUAUUUUACAAGACUAUUUACCCUUAAAAGCAUAGCAUGUUUUAUACAUUUUUUAGA